AUGGUCAUGGAUCAAAAUGUUCCCGGUACAUCACGUACGUGGGACGAGCAAGAACCAAAUCAACACGCACAACGUUUCUAURAUAUGUUACAAGCUGCAGACGAGCCGUUGUGGGAGGGAUGCCAGAGAUUUUCAAAGUUACAGGCAGCGGCAAGGUUUUUGAAUUGGAAGGCAGAUUGCAAUGUGCCAGAGACAACCUUCAAUCRUAACCUGACUAUGGUAAAAGAAAUGCUACCUGACGGUGAACAACUGGUUGGUARCUUUUACGAGACAAAGAAGAUGUUGAAGGAGCUUGGUCUUCCGAAAGAAAAGAUACAUGCUUGCAAGAACCAUUGCAUGUUAUUUUAUAAGGAAUUUGCUGAUCAUAACAGUUGUGUAGUAUGUGGAGAGUCUCGUUACAAGACAACCGGCCAAAACAAUAAUGUGCCUAAUUUGGUGUUGACGUAUUUGCCAAUUACAUCCAGAUUACAACGGUGGUAUUUGUGUAAGAAAAUAGCAAAGGAGAUGACUUGGCACCAUGAUCAUCAAACCGAGACAGGAAAGAUGGUACAUCCGAGUGAUGGGGAGGCUUGGAAACAUUUUGAUAGGAUGCAUGCCGAUUUUGCUCAAGAGAUUGGGAAUGUUCGUUUGGGAUUAUGUACAGAUGGUUUCAAUCCCAAUAACUCCAACUCAAGUCCAUACUCAUUAUGGCCUGUUUUUCUUACAAACUACAAUCUACCACCUUGGAUGUACAUCAAAGACUGGAACGUCCACCUGGCUUUGCUGAUUCCUGGCAAGAAGAGCCCUGGGCAGAAGGUGGAUGUGUUUCUUCGACCCUUGAUCGACAAGCUAAAGAAGUUAUUCUUUGAUGGUGUCGUUACCUAUGAUGCUCAUCGACGAACGAAUUUCACAAUGAGGGCCGUAUUGUUGUGGACGUUGCAAAGCGGAGGAAAAUCGUGUUGGUUUGACUGUCACCGCAAGUUUCUGCCAAUCAGACACUCGUUCAGGUGUGAUAGGAACCAAUUUCGUGUUGGACAUGUUGAAAAAGUUGGUCCACCCCCUCUUCUAACUGGGGAGAAAAUAUCGACACAAGUUUAUAGCCUUCCUACGGUCUAUGAUGGAGUCCCACACGGUUCAAGGCAAUAUAGGAAGCCUGUGGGUUUUGGGGUAACCCACAAUUGGGUAAAGAAGAGCAUUUUCUGGGAGUUGCCAUAUUGGCACACUUUGUUGAUCCGACACAACCUUGAUGUAAUGCAUAUUGAAAAGAAUAUGUUUGAAAAUAUCUUUCACACCAUCAUGGACACCCCAAAAUCGAAGGACAACGUAAAAGCAAGGAAAGACAUUGAAGAAUACUGCAAUCGACUGGAGUUGCAUGUGAGGGAGGAACGAAAAAAAAUAUUUAAACCAAAAGCUUCAUAUUCAUUGAACAAACAGCAAGUAGGAAAGGUGUGCCAAUGGUUGAAGAAGUUGAAAUUUCUAGACGGCUAUGCUUCUAACCUAGGUGCAUUAGUAAACGUCGAAGAUGGUAGUUUUUAUGGCUUCAAAAGUCAUUAUUGUCAUGUGUUCAUGCAAAGGCUGCUACUUCUUUCUAUAAAAGGGAUGGUACCGGUUCCAAUAUGGGAUGCUAUCACUGAGUUGUGCACAUUCUUUCAUGCAAUAUGCUCAAAGGUGUUACACAUUGAUGACUUGGUUCAAUUGCAAACAAGUAUAGUGGAAACUAUCUGCAAGUUGGAAAGAGUCUUCCCACCGGGAUUCUUUGAUUCCAUGGAACACCUUGUGGUACAUUUGGCACGUGAGGCAAUAGUUGGAGUUAACGGCGUCCGAGUUGACCCAAAACAUAAUAUCGUGGACGUCAAACAUAGAUCAAGGCUUCGUUUAGACGAUCCGUUCAUCCUAGCAUCACAAGCUGAACAAGUCUAUUAUGUACCAUAUCCAUUGAAUUUAUUAAAAUAUUGGUGGUCUGUGGUGAUGACAAAGCCAAGAGGGGUCUAUGACUUAGCAUUGAGUACCCCUGAAGUCCGGUUGGAUGAUGAAAAUAUAGACGAUGAACAAUUUUUCCAGGAAAAUGAACGAAUAACCCAACAUGAGGGAAACGAAGAUGUUUAA